AAGUGGGAAAGGUUCCCAGCAGCUCCAGCACUUCAUACUGGUCUUUCUCAUUGAGCACACCCGCUAACUCACUUCACUGUAGGGGAGGACCAUAUCGCUCCGAACCGCAUAUCUUGGUAGAACCGCAUAUCCACCGUAAAGAACUCGAGGGGGGCUAGUCCGGAACUACAUCACUAUGGCUGCCCUCGCGAAGACGGACAGCAGCCUGGUGGCCGGCGACAAGAUCAUGGUCCGCCAACUCACAGUCCACAACAUCAUCGGCGUAGACUCCUGGGAGCGCUCCAAGCGCCAACCACUGACAAUCGAUCUCACAGUCCACCAACAGGUCGAUGCAUCCGGCGACACCGAUCUCCUCUCGCAGACCAUCAGCUACGGCACCGUCUCCAAAACCGUGCAAGAGUUCUCCGAAAAGACAUCCUACCGAUCCGUCGAAGCCCUCGCAGCCGGGAUCGCACGAGUCUGCGUCGAAAAAUGCGGUGCCCCGCGCGUAACCGUGCGCGUAGAGAAGCCCCGCGCGCUCUUGCAUGCUGCUUGUGCGGGUGUGCAGAUCACGCGGACGAAGGAGGAGAUUGGGGCGAUGGGGUCGGAUGGACUGGGUGAGGCGUACCAGGAUCAGGCGGAGGAUAGGGAGGGCGAGGACCAGAUCUUUAUCAAGGAUUUGACGCUUAGCACGAUUAUUGGGGUAAACCCUUGGGAGCGGGAGGAAAGGCAGCGGGUGGUUAUUACACUCAUUAUCCACCUUGCGCUGGACCCGCAAGUUUUGUUGAGCGACCAUGUACCGAAAGUUCAUAACUAUCGCACGAUCACUCGGACCGUGUCCAAAUACGUCGAGAGCACAAACUACAAGACCGUUGAAGCGCUAGCAACCUCCAUAGCGAGGCUGCUGAUCAAGCAAUGCCACGUCCCGAAAGUGACCGUGCGAGUGGAAAAGCCCUCCGCUAUCGUCUUUGCCGCCGCAGCUGGGGUCGAGAUCACGAGGGACAGGGCCUAUUUUGGCGAGAAAGCAAGAGCGAGCGACCCGACGCCUGCGACCAGCCUGGAUGCCAGUGCGCACAGUGACGAUGUGGACGAGGAAACACGGGGCCGGCUGCCGCAUGUCGUGUACCUGGCUUUAGGGUCCAACCUCGGAGACAGCGCAAAGAACAUCAAUGACGCCGUCACGAGUCUAGCCGGAUCCGCCGCCAUCAAAGUGAUUGACACGUCCUUCUUGUACGAAACCAAGGCGAUGUAUGUGACAGAUCAGCCCAAUUUCAUCAACGCUUGUUGUGCGAUACGAACAAGUCUAUCACCGAACGACCUGCUUGACUUUUUGAAGGGUAUAGAAGCUGAGAUGGGCCGCAACUUCAACGGCCAGCGGUUCGGGCCGCGGCCUAUUGACUUGGACAUCCUUGUUUACGAUCGCGUGGAGAUGUCUACUGAGAGGCUGAUCAUUCCCCAUCCACGGAUUAAAGAACGGGAGUUUGUUCUUAGACCGUUUGCUGACAUUGCACCAGACAUGGAGAUCCCCGGCCUCUUCCGCACCGUCUCGCAACUCCUAGCCCUCCUCUCCCACGAAUCCGCCCCAACCCCCUCCGACAAGAUCCGCAAAGUCAUCCCCCUCAAAACCACCGCCGGCCUCUGGUCCUGGUCCACCCAAACCUACAUCAUGGGAAUCCUCAACGUCACCCCGGACAGUUUCAGCGACGGCGGCGACGCGCACACCCAGUCACCGGACGCAGCCGCCCAGCAGGCGAUCAAAAUGGCAGCAGCCGGGGCACAUAUCAUCGACGUUGGGGGCAUGUCCACCCGACCCGGAGCUGAUGAACCCCCGGUGGAAAUCGAGAUUGGACGCGUCGUGCCGGUGAUUGAAGCUAUCCGCAAACUCGACGCAAACAUCCCCAUCUCAAUCGACACCUACCGCGCCCCCGUCGCCCGCGCGGCCAUCAAAGCCGGCGCGAAUUUCAUCAACGACGUGUCGGGCGGAUCCCUUGACCCGGACAUGAUCACAGCCAUGGCUGAGACCCAGGUUCCUGUGUGCCUCAUGCACAUGCGCGGAACGCCCAAGACCAUGCAGCAAUUGACCGACUACCCCGCCGGCCAAGUCGUACCCACCAUCGCGGCCUCGCUGACCUCGACCGUCCAACAAGCCAUGAACAAGGGAGUCAGGCGGUGGAAUAUAAUCCUGGACCCUGGCAUCGGGUUCGUAAAGACCGGCGCGCAGAACUAUGAAAUUCUGCAGAAACUGCCCGUGCUUGUCGGGGAGGCGGCACCUGCGACCGCGACGUUGGAUUCGGAGGGACAACAACAGGCGCCGGCGGCACGGAAUGCGUUGGCGGGGUUUCCGGUGCUUGUGGGGCCGUCGCGGAAGGGGUUCCUGUCCCAGGGAGCUGUUACGGGGUCGCAGGCAUUGGAUGCGACGAGUAAGAAGGAGCAGGCGAAACAGCGGAUCUAUGCGACGGCCGCGGCGUGUUCGGCGGCGAUUGCGAGGGGCGCGAAUGUGUUAAGAGUGCAUGAUGUGGAGGAGAUGGCGGAUGUGGUGAGGGUUGCUGAUCGGUGUUUUAGGGACCUUUGAUGAGGCCUGCCAUCACGGUUUUUCCAUCACCAUCUGGGUUUUUUUUCGGGGGUCUGGCGUAGGUAGAUUUUUUCAUGAUAUUCCACCAUAUGGGCGGUUUACAAAAGUAUUUUGCCCGCUCCCAUGGCAUUGAACGGGGAAAUAGGCUCUCUCCACCCAGCAGGCGGCCUCUCAGUAGCGUAGACAGAC